CUUCAAUAUAGAAAUGAGAAAUAUAAUGGUGUUAGAUUUCCUACAGAGUUCUAUUCAGUUAGCAUCAAUAGUAAUUCAAUUAUUUGUAACGGAAAUGAAUUUACCAAAUGUAAUAUUUUCUGGCCAAUUCGCUUUCAGUAUGUUGAUACGUCUACUUUUAUAUUAUUGGUAUGGCAAUGAAAUAACUCUCCAGAGCUCUAACAUUGCAAUCGCAAUAUGGAAUAGUAAAUGGUAUGAAGAAUCACUGAAAGUGAAAAAUCUCAUGUUGAUGAUGAUGAUGAGAUGUACCCGAAAUCUGUGUUUGGAAAUUGGCCCGUUCAACACUAUGUCACUUAGAACAUUUUUAGGUAUUCUGAAAGCUACCUACUCCUACAUGAUGGUGAUUUAUAGAAGAUAGAUUUCGAAAAAGUAACAAUGCCUGAAGUAUUCAUUAUUUCUUCUAGAAAUGAUAAACAAAUCGAGCUCUG